AUGAUGCCCCAGAAGAAAAAGAAGAGAAAGAAAGACAUUGACUUUCUCGCCCUGUAUGAGGAGGAGCUGCUGAACUAUGCCUCGGAGGACGAUGAGGAGGAGCUGGAGCACGAGUACUACAAGGCCAAAGUGUACGAGGUAGUCACAGCCACGGGGGACGUUCGUGGUGCAGGGACAGAUGCCAAUGUCUUCAUCACCCUUUUUGGAGAGAAUGGGCUCUCUCCCAAGCUCCAUCUCACUAGCAAGAGUGAAUCUGCCUUCGAGAAAGCCAACGUUGACGUGUUCCGGGUGAGGACCAACAAUGUGGGCCUCAUCUACAAAAUCAGGAUCGAGCAUGACAACACAGGCCUGAACGCCAGCUGGUACCUGGAUCGUGUGAUCGUGACCGACAUGAAGCGGCCUCACCUCCGCUACUACUUCAACUGCAACACCUGGCUGAGCAAGGUGGAAGGAGACCGCCAGUGGUGCCGUGACCUGCUGGCCAGCUUCGACCCCAUGGACAUGCCCCGAGGUAACAAGUAUGAAGUCAAGGUGUACACUGGUGAUGUCAUUGGUGCGGGGACUGAUGCUGAUGUCUUCAUCAAUAUCUUUGGAGAGUAUGGAGACACAGGGGAGCGUCGGCUGGAAAAUGAAAAGGACAACUUUGAAAGAGGGGCUGAAGACAAGUUCAUGCUAGAUGCUCCAGAUCUGGGGCAGCUGAUGAAGAUCAAUGUUGGCCACAACAACAAGGGUGGGUCUGCAGGUUGGUUCCUGUCCAAGAUUAUCAUUGAAGAUAUUGGGAACAAAAGGAAAUAUGACUUCCCUCUUAACCGCUGGCUGGCCUUGGACGAAGAUGACGGCAAAAUCCAAAGGGAUAUCUUAGUGGGCGGAGCUGAGACCACAGCUAUCUCGUAUGUGGUCACCGUCUUCACUGGGGAUGUCCGGGGGGCUGGGACCAAAUCCAAAAUCUACCUGGUCAUGUAUGGGGCCAGAGGGAAUAAGAACAGUGGGAAAAUCUUCCUGGAAGGCGGUGUGUUUGACCGUGGCCGCACAGACAUCUUCAACAUCGAGCUGGCUGUCCUCCUCAGUCCCCUGAGUCGGGUGUCCAUCGGGCACGGCAAUGUGGGCGUCAACAGAGGCUGGUACUGUGAGAAGGUGGUGAUUCUGUGCCCCUUCACCGGCAUCCAGCAGACCUUCCUUUGCCGCAACUGGUUGGAUGAGAAGAAGGUGGAUGGGCUGAUUGAGAGGCAGCUCUACGAGAUGGUGUCUCUCAGGAAGAAGAGGCUGAAAAAAUUCCCUUGGUCCCUGUGGGUCUGGACAACCGAUUUGAAGAAAGCUGGUACCAAUUCUCCCAUCUUCAUCCAGAUUUAUGGGCAAAAGGGGCGGACGGACGAGAUUCUCCUGAAUCCCAACAACAAGUGGUUCAAACCGGGCAUAAUCGAGAAAUUUAGGAUUGAGCUCCCAGAUCUUGGCAGGUUUUACAAGAUUCGGGCAUGGCAUGACAGAAGGAGCCCUGGUUCUGGAUGGCAUUUAGAAAGGAUGACCCUGGUGAACACUCUGACCAAGGACAAGUAUAAUUUCAACUGUAAUCGCUGGCUGGAUGCCAACGAGGAUGACAAUGAGAUCGUGAGAGAAAUGACCGCUGAGGGCCCGACCGUGCGGAGGAUAAUGGGCAUGGCCCGGUACCGUGUGACCGUGUGCACUGGAGAACUCGAAGGCGCGGGAACCGAUGCCAAUGUCUACCUGUGCCUUUACGGUGACGUGGGGGACACAGGCGAGCGGCUGCUGUACAACAGCAGGAAUGACAAUGACCUGUUUGAGAAGGGCAAUGCCGACGAGUUCACCAUCGAGGCGGUCACUAUGCGGAAGGUGAGGCGGGUGAGGAUCAGGCAUGACGGCAAAGGCGGGGGCAGCGGCUGGUUCCUGGAGCGGGUGCUGGUGAGAGAAGAGGGGCAGCCAGAGAGCGACAACGUGGAGUUCCCGUGUCUCAGGUGGCUGGACAAGGAUAAGGAUGAUGGUCAGUUGGUCCGAGAGUUGCUGCCCAGUGACAGCAACGCAACACUGAAGAACUUCCGCUACCACAUCAGCCUGAAGACAGGGGAUGUCUCUGGGGCCAGCACAGACUCCAAGGUCUACAUCAAGCUCUACGGGGAUAAAUCUGACACCAUCAAGCAAGUCCUUCUGGUCUCCGACAACAACCUGCAAGACUAUUUUGAACGCGCCCGGGUGGAUGAGUUCACCCUUGAGACCCUGAACAUUGGAACUAUCAGUCGGCUGGUGAUUGGACAUGACAGCACCGGCAUGCACGCCAGCUGGUUCCUCGGCAGCGUCCAGAUCCGCGUGCCCCGCCAAGGCAGGCAAUACACCUUCCCCGCCAACCGCUGGCUGGACAGGAACCAGGCCGAUGGGCGCCUGGAGGUGGAGCUCUACCCCAGUGAGGUCGUGGAGAUCCAGAAACUGGUCCAUUAUGAGGUUGAGGUUUGGACUGGGGACGUGGGCGGCGCAGGCACCACUGCCCGGGUCUACAUGCAGAUCUACGGUGAAGACGGCAAGACAGAAGUGCUCUUCCUCUCCAGCCGCUCAAAAGUUUUUGAUCGCGCGUCCAAGGACACAUUCCAGCUGGAGGCGGAGGAUGUGGGCGAGGUCUUCAAGAUCCGGCUGGGGCACACGGGCGAAGGCUUCGGACCCAGCUGGUUCGUGGACACGCUGUGGCUGCGGCACCUGGUGGUGCGGGAGGUGGACCUCACGCCCGAGGAGGAGGCCCGGAGGAAGAAGGAGAAGGACAAGCUGCGGCAGCUGCUCAAGAAGGAGCGGCUGAAAGCCAAGCUGCAGAGGAAGAAGAAGAAGAAGAAGAAGAAGGGCAGCGACUCGGAGGACGAGGGGGACGAGGAGGAGGAGGAGUCCUCGUCGGAGGAGUCCUCGUCGGAGGAGGAGGAGGAGGAGGAGACGGAAGAGGAGGAGGAAGAGGAGGAGUUUGGGCCUGGGAUGCAGGAGGUGAUUGAGGAGUACAAGUUCGAAGCCCACCGCUGGCUGGCCCGGGGCAAGGAGGACAAUGAGCUGGCCGUGGAACUGGUGCCGGCAGGCCGGCCGGGCCCUGAGCCCAACACCUAUGAGGUCCAGGUGAUCACAGGGAAUGUGCCCAAGGCUGGUACCGAUGCCAAUGUCUACCUGACCAUCUACGGUGAGGAGUAUGGGGACACAGGCGAGCGGCCCCUGAAGAGGUCGGACAAGUCCAACAAGUUUGAGCAGGGACAGACUGACACCUUCACCAUCUAUGCCAUUGACCUGGGGCCUCUGACCAAGAUCCGGAUUCGCCAUGACAACUCGGGCAACAGACCAGGCUGGUUCCUGGACAGAAUAGACAUCACGGACAUGAACAACGAGAUCACGUACUACUUCCCAUGCCAACGAUGGCUGGCGGUGGAGGAGGAUGAUGGCCAGCUGUCCCGGGAGCUGUUGCCGGUGGACGAGUCCUAUGUGUUACCAAGCGAGAAUGAGGAGGGAGGGGGAGGUGGUGACAGCAACCCCCUCGACAGCCUGGCCCUGGAGCAGAAAGACAAAUCUACCACAUUCUCCGUGACCGUAAAGACUGGGGACAAGAAGAAUGCAGGCACGGAUGCCAAUGUCUUCAUCACGCUCUUUGGCACACAGGACAACACUGGAAUGACCCUCCUGAAAUCCUCCAAGACCAACAGCGACAAGUUUGAAAGGGACAGCAUCGAAAUCUUCACAGUGGAGACGCUGGACCUGGGAGAUCUGUGGAAAGUCAGGAUUGGUCAUGACAACACAGGCAAGGCUCCAGGCUGGUUUGUAGACUGGGUAGAGGUGGACGCCCCGUCUCUUGGGAAGUGCAUGACGUUCCCCUGUGGCCGCUGGCUGGCGAAGAAUGAGGAUGACGGAGCAAUCGUCAGGGACCUCUUCCACGCAGAGCUGCAGACAAGGUUGUACACACCAUUUGUCCCUUAUGAGAUCACCCUGUAUACCAGCGACGUCUUCGCUGCUGGGACAGAUGCCAACAUCUUCAUCGUCAUCUAUGGCUGUGAUGCAGUGUGCACCCAGCAGAAGUACUUGUGCACCAACAAGAGAGAGCAGAAGCUGUUCUUUGAGAGGAAGUCAGCCUCCCGCUUCAUUAUGGAGUUAGAAGACGUGGGGGAAAUCAUUGAGAAAAUUCGGAUUGGCCAUGACAAUAUGGGCCUGAAUCCUGGCUGGCACUGCUCCCACGUGGACAUCCGCAGGCUCCUCCCAGAUAAAGAUGGGACAGAGACCUUGACUUUCCCUUGUGAUCGAUGGCUUGCCACGUCAGAGGACGACAAGAAGACCAUUCGAGAACUGGUCCCUUAUGACAUCUUCACUGAGAAAUACAUGAGAGAUGGGUCCUUAAGGCAAGUCUACAAGGAAGUGGAGGAACCUCUGGACAUUGUGCUGUACUCGGUGCAGAUCUUCACAGGAAACGUUCCUGGGGCAGGGACGGAUGCCAAGGUCUACAUCACCAUCUACGGAGAUCUGGGGGACACCGGGGAGCGGUACCUUGGCAAGUCAGAGAACCGUACCAACAAGUUCGAGAAAGGAACGGCGGACACGUUCAUCAUCGAGGCCGCUGACCUGGGCGUCAUCUACAAGAUCAAGCUCCGCCACGACAACAGCAGGUGGUGUGCAGACUGGUAUGUGGAGAAGGUGGAGAUCUGGAACGACACCAACGAGGACGAGUUCCUGUUCCUGUGCGGGCGCUGGCUGUCCCUGAAGAAGGAAGACGGGCGGCUUGAGAGGCUCUUCUAUGAGAAGGAGUACACAGGGGACCGAAGCAGCAACUGCAGCAGCCCCGCGGACUUCUGGGAGAUCGCCCUGAGCUCCAAGAUGGCCGACGUCGACAUCGCCACAGUGACGGGGCCCAUGGUGGACUACGUGCAGGAGGGCCCGGUGAUUCCCUACUAUGUGUCGGUCACCACCGGGAAGCACAAGGAUGCAGCCACUGACAGCCGGGCCUUCAUCUUACUCAUUGGGGAGGACGAUGAACGCAGCAACCGCAUCUGGCUGGACUUCCCCCGGGGGAAGAAGGGCUUCAGCUGUGGCUCCGUGGAGGAGUUCUAUGUUGCAGGCUUGGAUGUGGGCAUCAUCAAGAAAAUAGAGGUGCUCUAUGAGAUGACAGUGUGGACCGGUGAUGUGGUUGGCGGGGGUACAGACUCCAAUAUCUUUAUGACCCUCUACGGCAUCAAUGGCAGCACAGAGGAAGUGAAGCUGGACAAAAAGAAGGCCAGAUUUGAGCGGGAGCAGAAUGACACUUUCAUCAUGGAGAUCCUGGACAUUGCUCCGUUCACCAAGAUGCGGAUCCGAAUUGAUGGCCUGGGCAGCCGGCCCGAGUGGUUCCUGGAGAGGAUCCUCCUGAAGUGCAUGAAUACUGGAGACCUGACCAUGUUCUACUAUGGAGACUGGCUGUCCCAGCGGAAGGGCAAGAAGACCCUCGUGUGUGAGAUGUGUGCUGUCAUUGAUGGGGAAGAGAUGAUGGAGUGGACCUCCUACACUGUCUCAGUCAAGACCAGUGACAUCCUGGGAGCAGGCACCGAUGCCAAUGUGUUCAUCAUCAUCUUCGGGGAGAAUGGGGACAGCGGGACACUGGCCCUGAAGCAGUCAGCCAAUUGGAACAAGUUUGAGCGGAACAACACAGACACAUUCAACUUCCCUGACAUGCUGAGCCUGGGCCACCUCUGCAAGCUGAGGGUCUGGCAUGACAACAAAGGGAUCUUUCCUGGCUGGCAUCUGAGCUACAUCGACGUGAAGGACAACUCGCGUGAUGAGACCUUCCGCUUCCAGUGUGACUGCUGGCUCUCCAGGAGUGAGGGAGACAGGCAGACGCUCCGUGACUUUGCCUGUGCCAACAAUGAGAUCCGUGAUGAGCUGGAGGAGACCACCUACGAGAUCGUCAUUGAAACAGGCAACGGAGGUGAAACCAGGGAGAACGUCUGGCUCAUCCUCGAAGGCCGGAAGAACCGAUCCAAAGAGUUUCUCGUGGAAAAUUCUUCCCGACAACGGGCCUUUAGGAAGGGGACCACAGACACGUUUGAGUUUGACAGCAUCUUCUUGGGGGACAUUGCCUCCAUCUGCGUGGGCCACCUUGCCAGGGAGGACCGGUUCAUCCCCAAGAGAGAGCUGGUCUGGCAUGUCAAGACCAUCACCAUCACGGAGAUGGAGUACGGCAAUGUGUACUUCUUCAACUGUGACUCCCUCAUCCCCCUGAAGAGGAAGAGGAAGUACUUCAAAGUAUUUGAGGUCACCAAGACAACUGAGAGCUUCGCCAGCAAGAUCCAGAGCCUGGUGCCAGUCAAGUAUGAGGUCAUCGUGACGACGGGCUAUGAGCCAGGGGCAGGCACCGAUGCCAAUGUCUUCGUGACCAUCUUUGGGGCCAAUGGGGACACAGGCAAGCGGGAGCUGAAGCAGAAAAUGCGUAACCUCUUCGAGCGCGGCAGCACCGACCGCUUCUUCCUGGAGACGCUGGAGCUGGGCGAGCUGCGCAAGGUUCGAGUGGAACAUGACAGCAGCGGCUACUACUCGGGCUGGCUGGUGGACAAGGUGGAAGUCACCAACACCAGCACUGGCGUGGCCACCAUCUUCAACUGCGGCAGGUGGCUGGACAAGAAGCGGGGGGACGGGCUCACCUGGAGAGACCUCUUCCCUUCCGUCUGAGGGGCUGGAGGUCCUCCCUCUGACUCCUUCACCAAGAUGCUCCUGACCUCCACCUUGGGUUUCAGCAGUCUUUUCUCAAAGCCCCCUGGAGUGGGACUGGGGUCCAGAAGGGUGGGCUGGAACUUCACGUUCUCCGGACGCCACUGUGGGUGACUACUUGAGGCGUCCUGCCCUUCCCCAGUCUCCCAGACCUACAGGAAUCCAUCAACGUGUGUCAUAAUCCUGUGUGGUACUGAAAUAACCUUCCGUGUUUUUCUUUUCCAAUAACAGCAACAAACCAGGCUGAGACUUGCUGCCAAGUGUGGAUGGGAAAUUGGGGCUUCACCCAGGGGAUAGAAGUGGGGAAGAAGAGGCCAUCGAG